UUAAAGGCAUGGGAGGCCACGGUGCGGAGGACACAGGCUGCAAAAAAACGCGCUAACAGCCUCUUUGGCGCGAUGUCAGUGGCUCAUGCAGACGACGAUGACGACUACCACAACGACGAAAAUGACAACAACGGAACCGGCAAAUUAUACCAUGCAGAGAGGGUUCUUCCCAACGGUGACUACUACACAGGGCAGUGGUCAGACAACUUUCCCCACGGACAAGGGAAGUACCUUUGGACCGACGGCUGCAUGUAUGUAGGGGAGUGGUUCAGAGGCAAAACAAUGGGGAAAGGUAGGUUUAGUUGGCCUUCCGGCGCUACAUAUGAAGGUGAGUUCAAGAGCGGUUAUAUGGAUGGCACCGGCACGUAUACAGGUUCUAAUGGGGAUACCUACAAAGGGCAAUGGAUCAUGAAUUUGAAGCAUGGACAUGGCGUGAAGAAUUACGCCAGCGGAGAUUGGUAUGAAGGAGAAUGGCGGCGAGGGCUGCAGGAAGGUCAAGGGAGGUAUCAAUGGAAGAAUGAGAGUUAUUACGUUGGAGAAUGGAAUAAUGGAGAGAUAUGUGGAAAGGGUACGUUUGUUUGGACUAAUGGGAAUAGAUAUGAUGGGUUUUGGGAAGAUGGGUUGCCUAAAGGCAACGGAACUUUCAAAUGGCCUGAUGGGAGUUUUUAUGUUGGGAACUGGAGCAAAGAUCCAAGUGAGCAAAAUGGGACUUAUUAUCCAUCAGGCUCAUCCCCGGAAGCAAAUCUUGAAUGGGAUCCUCACGAUGUGUAUAAUGUUGAUUUGGGCGACUGCAAGAUCUGUCCUGGCGAGAAGGUUUCGAUUUUGCCGUCGCAAAAGAAGCUGGCAUUGUGGAGGUCAUCCAAGUCCGGGGAUAGCCUGAAGCCUAGGAGAAUGUCGGCUGAUGGGAGGGUGAGCGUGGGCGUGGAGAGGCCAUUGGACAGAUUGCAUAUGUUGGAUGGUGAUGGUGAUGAAUCUGGUGAUGUUGGUAGUAGGACUGCAAUGGUGGGGAAUUUGGAGGAUGAUUUGUUGGGUCUCCACAUCAAUGCAGAAAAUCCAAAGGGGUUGCCAAUGAAAGUGCCAAGGAGAGCAAAGAAACAAGGAGAUACAAUAUGCAAAGGGCACAAGAAUUAUGAGCUCAUGCUCAAUUUGCAGUUGGGAAUCAGGCAUUCUGUUGGAAGACCUGCUCCAGCUGCAUCCCUUGAUUUGAAGCCUUCAGCUUUUGAUCCCAAGGAAAAAGUAUGGACUAGAUUUCCUCCAGAAGGAUCCAAGUACACCCCACCCCAUCAGUCCAGUGAAUUUAGAUGGAAGGAUUACUGCCCAUUGGUCUUCAGGACUUUAAGGAAGUUGUUCAAUGUAGACCCAGCUGAUUACAUGAUAUCAAUAUGUGGGAAUGAUGCUCUUCGGGAACUCUCAUCUCCUGGUAAAAGUGGUAGCUUCUUUUACUUGACCAAUGAUGACCGCUACAUGAUAAAGACUAUUAAAAAGGCAGAAGUAAAAGUGCUUUUAAGGAUGCUUUCAGCCUAUUAUAACCAUGUUCGAGCCUUUGAAAACACAUUAGUGACCAAAUUUUAUGGUCUGCAUUGUGUUAAGCUAACUGGGCCUAUCCAAAAGAAGGUACGCUUUAUUAUAAUGGGGAAUCUCUUUUGCACUGAAUAUACCAUCCAUAGACGCUUUGACUUGAAGGGAUCUUCCCUUGGCCGCACAACAGAUAAGCCUGAGACUGAGAUUGAUGAAACUACCAUCCUUAAAGACCUUGAUCUGAACUUUAUAUUCCGACUGCAGAAGUCAUGGUUUCAAGAGUUUUGCAGGCAAAUUGAUAGGGACUGUGAGUUUCUCGAACAGGAGAGAAUUAUGGACUAUAGCCUUUUGGUGGGUCUUCACUUCAGAGAAAUAUCAACUGCUGGGGACCUCAUUCCUUCUGGAGCUCGAACUCCUACUGGUGACUCCGACAGUGAAGGAGCUCCUAGUCUUUCUAGAGCAGACAUGGAUCAGCUUCUUUUAGACCCUUCCAGGUGA